AUGGAGCUUUGUAAGGAGAGACAGAUGCUCAAGGAGAAGGAGGCAAAGGAGAAACUGGAAAGAUCCAAGGCGUCCCAUAGAGCCCAGCUGGAUGAGGCUCUGGCUGAACGUGUCCCCUCCCCACCCAGGGAAACAGAGCAUCUAAAAUCCCAGCUGGGAAAAAUUAGCAACAAGCUGCAAAAAGCCCUAAAAGAUCUGGACCUGCAGACCUUCAUUACUCAAGACCUGAAAGUCGCAUUGGAGCAGAUGAAGGGAGAGAAAGAGGCCCUGAAAAAGGAAGUGGAGACUCAGAAGAUGGUGCUUCGUAAAGAAAGACAAAUGCCCGCGGUAGCUAAGACCAACGCGGAGUUAGAGUUGGAGAACUACCAAGAGAUGGAGAGGGCUCAAGUUCACAAGCUGCAGGAUGAAUUGAGCAAGAUGGAGGAAGCUCUCCGGAAACAGGAAGAGGGAAAGACAAAACUUGAAAGAUCCCAGGCUUCCUAUAGAGCCCAGCUGGAGAUGCAGGACCAGAACAACAAGAACCUCGUGGCUGCUCGAGAAAAAGUUUGACCAUCAGCUGGAGAGUGAGCGGGUCCAAUGGCAGCAGGAGAAAACCUCCCUGCUGGAGGAGAGCGAGAAAACAAGAGCCUCCCAUGUGACUCAGAUUGACAAGCAGAGCUUUGUGAGUGACUGCCUCCUGGCUGCUCUGAACAAGGCUAAGAAGCAGCUGGAAACUCAUCUCAGUGAGUGGAAGGAGGACAAGGC